CCUAGGAAAGAAAAUGCAAGACCCCUUCGUCCCGUGUCUUGCUUCCCCUUUCACUGGGGACACAAUUCCAUAGUUCAGGCACAGGGAGGGGGCACAGGCCCAGAAAGAGGAAGGAUUCUGUUUUUUUCUUAAAACGUUUCCUUUCCUUCUUUCUUCAUCAUUUAAUUAAUCAGUUAGGCCUAAUAAUAUAAAGUCCUUUGAAAUCAUGAGGAAGUUGUGUCCUAAUUUUGACAAGGAAGAUGGGUUGGAGACCAUCCUUGAGGUGCCGAUUCCGGAGGAAAUGUUGAGCGACAUGGGCACCACUGGCUUCAAUCGCUGGCAAAACCUGCGAACUCUCAUGAAUGCUCAAUUUGUUGACAAGUCUUCUGCACCCUCAAACAAUGAAUUUGUUGUGUUGGUCAAGCUUGUGGCUGCCCCCCUUAUUCCUCUCCAGGUCCCAUCAGACCAAACUCUGACUCGCCCCCUCAAAGAUUGUUCCAUUAGAGAUUCGACUGCUAAGUACAUAGUGCAACAAUACGUGGCGGCCACAGGAGGAGCAGGUGCAUUGAAUUCACUGGAAAGUAUGUACGCAAUGGGACAAGUGAGAAUAUGUGGGUCUGCGAUGAGUCAAGGUGAUGAAUGUGAUGAUAACGUAGAAUCAAGAGGCAAACCUGAAGUGGGAGGCUUUGUGUUAUGGCAGAAGAACCCUGAUUUAUGGUGCGUUGAAUUGGUUGUUUCCGGUUUCAAGGUCAGUGCAGGUAGCGAUGGUAAGGUAGCUUGGAACCAAUCUUCUUCUCAACCUUUUCACGCAAACAAAGGUCCUCCCAGACCCCUUCGUCGCUUCUUUCAGGGACUGGACCCAAGGUGCACGGCUAACUUGUUCCUGGACGCAGAAUGUGUAGGAGAGAACAGCAUCAACAACGAGGUUUGUUUCAUGCUCAAGUUGCAAACGGAACAGCACGUGCUACUAGCACAAAGCACGUCCAAUACCGAAAUUGUGAUGCACAUAAUGUUGGGGUACUUCAGUCAACGCACGGGGCUACUUGUGAAAUUCGAGGACACCAAGUUGGUGAAAAUGAAGGCCGCUAAAGGGAAAGAGACAGUGUUUUGGGAAACAACCAUCGAGUCCAUGAUUGAAGAUUAUAGAUACAUAGAUGGCAUUAACAUAGCGCACAGUGGGAAAACGAUUGCCACGCUUUAUAGAUACGGUGCAGCGCAUAAUCACAAACGUCUAAUUGAGGAAACGUGGACGAUUGAAGAGGUUGAUUUUAACGUUGUUGGGUUGUCCAUGGAUUGCUUUAUGCCUCCAUCUGAUGGUGAGAAAGAACACGAUGGUGCAGAGCAAGCAGUGGGGAUGGGUUAGGAUUGCUCCAAUUUUUCUCAUUAUCUUUGCUGCCUCAACUAUAGGAAGUGUAAAUACUAAAUACAUUACAACAUAGACAAGUAUAUGGGUGACUUCAUACCCUGUACUUGGAUGUAAUUCCAUUUUUUUAACUGGGAACUUUUCGGUGAGACAUAAAAUGAGUCGCGUUUGAAAAAUGUUGGGAUGGAUUCACAUUUUUAAUUU